AUAGAAAGGAUGCCCUCCGGAUUUGAUCAGCUAACCAAGCUUCAAACGUUAUCUAAUUUUGUUAUAGGGGAAGGUGAUGGACAUCUUAUUAGAGAAUUGAAAAAUUUGUCAAACCUUAGAGGUAAUUUUUGUCUUUCUGGAUUGGAGAAUGUUAAUGGUCAAGAUGCGAGGGAAGCUAAGUUAAAUGAGAAGCUAGGGAUUGACCGGUUAGAACUACAAUGGGGUGCAGACUUGGAGAAUAGUACAAGGAAAAAAGAAGUUGAAGAGCGGGUGUUGGACUUUCUUCGUCCUCAGAAAAAGCUUGAGCAACUCAUAAUUGAGAAUUACGGGGGUGUAAAAUUCUCGUCUUGGAUAGCAGAUUCUUCCUUCAAGAAUUUGUCGUCUUUGAAGCUUCGCAAUUGUAAAAACUGCAAGUCACUACCAUCAGUUGGAAGGUUGCCAUUGUUAAAAGAUCUUUCAAUUAUUGGUUUCGAUCAAGUACAGAAGAUUGGUGUUGAGCUCUUCGGAGAAAAUCAAUUGAAUCCAUUUGCAUCAUUAGAGAUUCUGUCUAUUGAGAGUCUUCCAAACUGGAAGGAGUGGGACACUUGUGGAGGAGACGAGAAGGUUUUGAAACUCCCCAGACUUCGUGAGCUUUCAAUCAAAACCUGUCCUCAAUUUUUGGGAAGGUUGCCUACCCAUCUUCCUUCCUUGCAAAAACUUGAAAUUCAUAGCUGUACGAGAUUGGUUGUUUCAAUAUCAAGUUUCCCGUCACUGUGUAAAUUCAGUAUACGAGGGUGUGCAGAACUGGUGGAUGAUAGCUCUUCUCCUGCAAAGGAGCUUUCCUCUUUGCAAACUUUGUCUCUUUCUAACAUUUCAAAGUUUAAUAUUCCAGCAGAUAGGACAAUUUUGAGGUUUGGAAACUCAGAACAUUUUGAAAUUGAUGGUUGGGAGGAGUUGGCAUCUCUAUCACAGCAUGGGUUUAGUUUAGUUGGACAUCGUUUCAUUUCUGUUCAGCAUUGUCCUCAACUGCAGUCUUUGGAAGCCGAGGAAGCCGAAUUGCAACCUGACAAGAUUUCACAUGUUGAAUCUCUGAAGAUAGCUUCUUGUGGUAGGCUCAAUAGACUGCCACAAGUCUUACAUGAGCUCACAUUCCUUACGGUGAUGGAUAUUCAGGUUUGUCGAGGCUUGGUUUCUUUUGCAGAGAAUAACUUACCUCCUAAUUUAAAAAAGCUGAAGAUUGCAGAAUGUGAGAAUUUGGAGUAUUUGGUUGAUGAAAAAGAAGAUAAUAAGAGUAUGAGUAGUACCCUCUGUCUUCUUGAGGAGUUGUCUAUCUAUAAGUGUCCAUCUCUAAUGUCUUUGUCAUCGAAGGGGCACAAAAAUAUUUGCAAUCAGCUUCAACUUCUCGAUAUUACCCACUGCUCAAAGCUGAGUUGCCUAUUUUCAAACACCAAGUUUCCGAUAACGCUUAAACAUUUGACAAUUAGGGGGUGUCCAGAGUUGGAAUACAUAGCCCAAGAGUUUGAGGAAACCGCUUGUCUUGAAUCUAUUCUAAUUUUCAGAUCUGGAAUUAAAUCUCUACCACGAGGACUAGACAAGCUCAUCCAUCUCCAGGAGAUUUGGUUGGAUUCGUGUUCAAAUUUGGUUCCUUUUGAAGAAAGUGGGUUGCUCACCACCAGCUUCAGAGCUUUCUUAGUUGAUCGUUGUGGAAAAUUUGGAGCCCUUCCUAAGUGCAUGGCCAGCAUCACCUCUCUUCGAGAAUUACGUGUGUGCAACUGUUCGGCUGACAUAUCAUUUCUAUCGGAGGGAUUCCCUGUCAAUCUCGCAUCACUUGCAAUCUCAAACGCACCCAAAAUUUAUAGGUCACUUGUGGAAUGGGGAUUAAAUAGACUCACCUCUCUUCAAAAAUUGACCAUCGGAGGUGGAGGAUGCUCAAACGUGGUGUCGUUCCCAGAAGAAGGGAUUGGAAUGAUGCUGCCUCCUUCUCUCACCCGUAUCUCCCUUUCAGAAUUUGAGAACCUGGAAUUCAUGUUCUCCGAGGGCUUUCAAGACCUCGCCUCUCUUAAAGAAUUGGUGAUCGAUAAUUGUCCCAAGCUAACAUCUCUUCCAAAAAAAGACAUGCUUCUCUCGCUUGGAUAUUUACGUAUUUCUAGGUGUCCGUUGCUGAAAGAAGAGUGCUCAAGCGAUAAAGGACGAGAGUGGUCUAAGAUUUCCCACAUUCCCCUUGUUAAAAUUGAUUUUAAAAAUGUCAUCCCGAGGGAAUCAGAUUGAAAGAUGAGCCGCAAAAUCUGUGAUUGGUUUCUUCAGAGUCAUGGGACAGGGAUUGAAAGCUAAGUUGGGGUGGAAGGGGACUUUCAGAAAGAUCCUUUGAAGGAAAAGUAAAAAGAUGUCACUUCUUUCGUUAAAAUUCAUUCAAUCUUGUUGUUACUACAAAAAUCAUUUUCUUAUAACAUUUUUCUUAUUUUGAAUAGAUUUAUUUGGUUUGGAAAA